UUUCAUGUUUAUAUCUCUCUCUCUCUCUCACACAUAACUCUCCGAAAACACCCCACCUCUUCAUUUUUUCUCUCUCUUCAAAACACCUUCACCACCGCCAAAUCUCAAAACCCACACCCCAAACUCCCAUAUUUCAGAUCUCUCUCGUUCAUCUUCAUCUCGCAUUUUGAAAUCAAGCAUUGAAGGAGAAGAAAAACGCAUAAAAAAAGAGAGAAUUUGAGCUUCAGAUGUCUGCCGUGAGAUGAAGGAAAAGAAUACUUGCAUUGUAUAUUUUCAAUUCAUUCUUUCACUUUUGCUACCUUCGUUUUCAUCUCCGGGAGUUACUUAUGCUCAUGUAACCCACUACUCAGUCAGCAGCAAUGGGCCUCUCACCAAUGCUGAAGUUCACUUCAUCCAGAAAAGGCAGCUUCUGUACUACAGAGAUGAGUUUGGGGAUAGAGGCGAGAAUGUGACGGUUGACCCUUCACUUGUGUUCGAAAAUCCAAGGCUGAGAAAUGCGUACAUUGCAUUACAAGCUUUGAAACAGGCUAUUCUCUCAGAUCCCCAAAAUCUCACUGCGAAUUGGGUCGGAUCUGGUGUGUGUAAAUAUACCGGAGUAUUCUGUGCUCGGGCACCGGACAAUUCUUCUAUUCGUACAGUUGGUAGCAUUGACCUCAACCAUGGUGACAUUGCUGGGUAUCUCCCUGAAGAACUCGGCUUGCUCACAGAUCUGGCUGUUUUUCACAUCAACUCCAACAGGUUUUGCGGUACCCUGCCCAAAAAAUUCAAGAACUUGAAGAUACUCUUUGAAUUGGACAUAAGCAAUAACAGGUUUGCUGGGAAAUUCCCUUAUGUUGUGCUGAGUUUGCCUAAGUUGAUAUAUUUAGAUAUACGAUUUAAUGAGUUUGAAGGAACUGUCCCUUCUGAACUAUUUGACAAACCUUUGGAUGCCAUAUUCAUCAAUCAUAACAGAUUUUCCUUUGAAUUGCCUGAUAAUUUUGGCAAUUCUCCGGUUUCUGUGAUUGUAUUGGCUAACAACAAGUUCCAUGGUUGUGUUCCUGCUAGUCUUGGUAACAUGAGCAAUUUGAAUGAGAUUAUACUGAUGAACAAUGGAUUGAGGUCAUGUUUGCCCCCGGAAAUUGGGCUUUUGAAGAAUUUGACGGUGUUUGAUGUGAGCUAUAAUCAGUUGAUGGGGCCUUUGCCGGAUAGUAUUGGAGGAAUGGUGAGUUUGGAGCAGUUAAAUGUGGCUCAUAAUAUGCUUAGUGGGAGUAUUCCACAGAGUAUAUGUCAAUUGCCAAGGCUUGAGAAUUUUACGUACUCGUAUAACUUCUUUACUGGUGAGCCUCCGGUGUGUUUGGCUUUGCCGGAAUUUGAUGAUAAACGGAAUUGCUUGCCGAAUAGGCCGGCUCAAAGGUCCGCUGCACAAUGUCAAAUGUUCUCGUCUAAGAGAAUUCAUUGCGGUGCUUUCAAGUGUCAUCGGUUUAUUCCAACUUUGCCAUCACCUCCGCCGCCUUCACCGCCAAUGCCGGUGCCUUCACCACCACCUCCUGCUCCAGUGUUUUUGCCUCCACCGGUCUCCAGUCCCCCUCCUCCUCCACCGUCUCCUUCACCUCCCCCAGUCUAUUCGCCGCCUCCCCCUCCUCCUCCACCACCAUCACCACCACCACCAGUCUAUUCGCCGCCUCCCCCUCCACCACCACCAGUUUAUUCGCCUCCUCCCCCUCCCCAAUCUCCUCCACCACCUUCUCCAACCCCUAUUCCUUAUUGCGUGCGGUCGCCACCACCUCCGCCUCCAACACCACAUUCCCCACCACCACCUCCACCUUCGCACUCCCCGCCCCCAUCUCCCUACUACUAUAGCUCACCACCUCCUCCUCCGACAAUGCAGUCACCACCACCUCCACCACCUGUAUACACCUAUGCAUCACCGCCUCCUCCAGUACACUCUCCACCUCCUCCAUCUAAUUCACCGCCUCCUCCAGUGCAUUCCCCACCUCCACCUUCACCGCCACCCUGUAUAGAACCCCCACCUCCACCUCCCUGUAUAGAACCCCCACCUGAAGAGCAGCCACCUCCACCACCACCUUAUGUUUACAAGCCCCCACCAUCACCUUCACCUCCCCCACCUUAUCACUACAAUUCUCCGCCCCCACCAUCAUCUCCACCAACGCCUGUGUACCACCAUUCUCCUCCCCCACCAUCACCGUCACCACCACCACCAGCUCCAGUAUAUGAAGGGCCAUUACCCCCAGUCUUUGGGGUUUCAUAUGCAUCUCCUCCACCACCACCUUUCUAUUGAUUCUUUUGAGACAACCCAUACCUACAAACGAUUCCAUUAGUAUCCAUUGCUGCAAUUAUUUCCUUAUCGUUCACAUCUCUGUGACUCACAUCUUGAAAUUCUCAUCGCCCAGAUGACAAAAUGAAAGAUCAAAGUAGAGAUAAAAUUAAAUUGAUGUUGAAUCAGAGAAGAGUGGAGAUAAAGAGGAGAAAUUGGUUUCUCCCUAUAUUUAAUUUGAAUUGUUAUGGAUAAAUUUGAGUUGUGAAAAUAAAGUGGCAGGCAAAGAGAGGAGUAGGUUUGCAGGAAGUUCAUGUAUAGAGACCAUAAUCAGGGUGCUUGAAGAAAACAGUAAUGGCUGCUGCUGCUCUGCUUCUUCUAAGUUGUGAACUUUAUUGUGAUCUCUGUUUCAUAUCAUACUUUUGUUUAAUUUUAUAGUAUAAUGAUAAACCAUUUACUUGUAUUGAUUUUUCAUAUUCAGUUAUUCCUUAAGCUUCUUCAUGUUUGUGUAAAUGUAAUCAUCUUCUUCCGUCGUUCAUCCCAAGUACGCAUUGCAGAAGCUGGCUGAAGAUCGUUGACCUUAUUCAAUGAUACAAUAAAAUGAUAUUAUGGUUA